UUUGGUUUGUUUUCUUCUACACAUCCAUUCACUUCACAGAUUCUCUCAAAGAAAGACAGAGAGAGAGAGAGAGAAGGGGAGAGUAAGAUUCUAAUCGGAAGAGGAUAUGGACGGAGGCAUGGAGAUGUACGGUGGACUUGAGACGAUGCAGUACGUAAGGAGACAUCAUCAACAUAACUGCAGAGAAGACCAGUGUACUUCUGCUCUUGUCAAACACAUCAAAGCUCCUGUUCAUCUCGUUUGGUCAGUGGUGAGGAGAUUUGAUGAGCCGCAGAAAUACAAACCAUUUGUGAGCAGAUGCACAGUGAUGGGCGAUCCUGAAAUAGGCAGCCUAAGAGAAGUUGAUGUCAAAUCUGGCCUCCCUGCAACUACAAGUACCGAGAGACUGGAGCUUCUGGACGACGACGAACACAUACUCGGUAUCAAAAUCAUCGGUGGUGACCAUAGACUUAAGAAUUACUCUUCGAUUGUGACAGUUCAUCCAGAGAUAAUCGAGGGAAGACCAGGAACAAUGGUGAUUGAAUCGUUUGUAGUAGAUGUUCCUCAAGGAAACACAAAGGAUGAGACUUGCUACUUUGUGGAAGCACUCAUAAGAUGUAAUCUGAAAUCAUUGGCACAUGUUUCUGAAAGAUUGGCUUCUCAGGAUGACAUCAUUAAUCUAUCUAUCGAUAUAAAUCAAAAUGGAGGAGGCCAUAAAAAGUGAAAGUCAGUAGUGUGUUAUAUAAUUCAUCAAGAUUUCAUAUAUAUCUUAUAUGCGUGUGUGUGAUGUAAAAAAAGUUAUAUAUGUCUUGUGCUGGUAAGUUUUGUGACCGCUCUCUUUAAGAAUGUAAAUAAGAAUCAGUUUACACUA